AUGUCGAUAUUUCAAGCUUCCAAAGACUGUGAGACCCUUUUCGAACAAUGCCUUCGACUACCCGACAUCUUUAACAACAAAUGGGCACUGAACCAACGUGCAAGUUUCAGGCUAUGGGUCGAAUCUAUCGGGGCCUUUGCGCCGCGGUCUGCAUCUGCCGAUGCCCGCCUACAAGGCAAUGAGAAUAUGAAAGCAGCGGUGAUGGAUUUGUUAGAUCUGUUGCAGUUGAACCUUCGUCAAACAAUCGAAGCGUACCAGGAUCCGGCAUUCAUACAAAGCGUAUCAGAGGAGCAGUCGCAGUCAAAUCGCCAGGCUCUUGGGGAAGCGCUGUCGUCGUCGGGGUCUGACGAUGAAGAUGAGGUAGAGAUGGAAGAGGUUUCCUCGCCUCAGGUCAGCGAUCGAGACGAUGACGACAAGUCAACAACGAUGUCUCAGUCGCGACCUGAUCAAGAAGUUGAGAAUGUGUUGUUCCGCCUCCACCAGCUGGCCUUGGCCAUCCGCAGCUCUCGCAGAUUCGACUGGCGUGAGCGAGCGAGCAGAUUCGUCUACCCAGGCUCAGAGGACUUCAGAAAGCAUAUGGAGUGGUAUAUCAGCGAACGAUUCCAACGCGAGUAUCCUGAAGUGCCGCAAUUCAUACGAACGCGUCUAUUGUUGGCCAACGUGAAGCGACGCAACCAGUUCGAAUAUGCGCGAGAACAUGCCUUCAAACUUGCCCAAGACAAGACACGCCCCUCCACUGACCAACAUUCGGCAAGUACAGCAAUCGAAGAUGAAACAGCGGAUGAUCAGCCUCCAGUUGCCCCUUCUCACAAAGAUGCAUUCCAUUCACGAGCCGAAUUGCCAUCCCAAGCACCAUCCAAGUCUAUGCCGAGUACGCAGGCGACAGACUACACCAGUGCCUCAUUCGAGAGAUCCGAGGGUGGAACAGCUUCAAUCUCCAGCGGGAAGACAUUCAAGGAUGGACAGGUCACUUGGCCAUCACCACCAAAGGCCCCUUCCAUCAACCCUGCCUUGCCGUCCUUUCCCUGCCCAUACUGUCGCCGUCCACUACCGACAGAAUAUAGGAGCGACUCAAAGAAGUGGAGGCAACAUGUAAAGAAUGACAUUCAGCCGUAUGUCUGUCUGUUCGAAGAGUGCGCCACCCCUCUCAAGCUCUAUUCGAGGAGUGCCGAUUGGCUCCUUCACAUGCGCAACACCCACGGUGAGAUCCAAUAUGCCUGUUUGGCGCCGAAACAUGACCAUGAGCGUGUCUACUUCAGAACCCCAGAAAGCUACAGGAACCACUUGACGCAGUCUCACGCAAAGACCUUGGUCGGAAACGAACUCGGAGACCUCCUUGUCCGUAGCAUGUGCCGGACGCCGCUCGACCCGAUCUUCCUUGAAUGUCCCAUCUGCCCGGGACCAGACAAAAGCUCGAUUUUGGACAAGAGAAAGCAACCAGAGAGUUUGCCGUCGCUGCCGCAAUCACCUGCCAAGCGUACAAAAGUGGAAGACGCUUUGACGUUGCGAUUGAAAGCGGUUCGAAUACCGAAGAGUGCCGCCACGGAUGAGGAGGUGGAGGGGGAAGAGGAGGAGGAGGAAGAAGACGACGACGAUGAUACAUACAGACACAAACACUCAGAAGAGGCACGGCUUCUACGCCAUAUCAUGGCCCAUCUCCAAUUCAUUGCCUUGAUGGCGCUGCCAUGGUCAGAAGACCUAGGAUCGGCCCAAUCCUCAUCAGUGUCAAUGGGCCAGGGACUGGAGCAUUCAGACGACAAGAUAGAUCCCAAAGAUCAUGAAGGUCCGGUGGACGUUGAGGUUGAACGUUAUGCCGACGAUCCAACAUACCACGACGGCAUCAUGCUCUCUUCGGAAUGGGAGUUCGUUAACAGCUACGGUAAUCCCGCCUUUUCAGUCUCCAGUCAUGGAAGCUCACCUUUAUCAUCUCCUCGACUACCACCGGAUUCCUCUGAUGGUCGCUACACGGAAGUUCGCAUAACGACGGGUAUUGGCGGGCGGAAACACAGGGAGAUUUUCCGAGCAAAGAAACAAGGUCCUCGUCGGAGAGACUAUACGAUAGCUUGGAUAUGCUCCGACUCGCUCGAUUUCCGCGUUGCAACCGCCUUGUUAGAUACAAAGCACCAUAAUUUCCCCAGACAUCGAUGCGAUCCAGCCAACUACGUGCUGGGCACAAUUGGUCGCUGGGAGGUCGUGGUUGCCUAUCAUGAUCCUCAGACGGCCCGGGGUCCUUUGAUUGUGGAUCUGCUCUGGGGCUUUCCCAAGAUUGAGCUCUUCUUGUCGGUUGGAGUUUGCAGCGCUAAUCCUUUACACCACGUUUUCCUUGGAGACGUGGUCGUCGAUACAAGGAGCCCGGACUUGACAUCGCUGAGGCUUGCCGAGCUAGUCCUGAGGACUGGUCCACGUCGGAUCCACAUUGCCUCGGGCACAAAAUCUCUUCGGGAUAUCGACGUCAAGAGCGUCAUGUCAAGCUUUGAACAUACGGAACCCGCCUUGAGAGCGUUUGCCGUCUAUCCUGGACACGAGCGAGACCUUGCUUUCCGUAGAGAGUACCAGCAUGUAGGAAAUCAUCCGAAUUGCAACUUUUGCGACCCGAACCAACAGUUGAUCUCACGAGAUAGGCUCCCUGGUCGCACUCCCCCAGGUAUUCACCAUGCCCGGAUUGCGUUCACGAAACGCCCCGUUGUAGACCCUCGUGGACAACCUUUUUUCGAGUCAGAUCGCAUAUCGUUUGCCAUCGAUGCAAAUGGGCAGGACCUCUACACGACCCUCGCCACCCAGCCUCUUCUGGUCAUUCGUGGGAUUGGCGAUUAUGCUGACUCUCACAAACAAUCGAUUUGGAAGAAUUAUGCUUCUACAGCUGCUGGCGCAUUCACCAAGGCACUUCUACUCCAAUUGGUUGAUAUCAAGCCCGACAUGCUCACAAAAGGGGUGACGGGCUUGAUGUUAGAUUCAAACCAACUGGGCCCUUCGAGUCGCUCCAUUAAGCCAAUGACCAACAAAGAAAUUACCAAAGCGAUCGUCUGUGCCUCCAUCAUUGAAUUUGAGGCUGUGAGGUCGAUGUUCGAUGAACAUUGGGGAAUGUACGGUGCCGAAGCUGAGGACGAUAGUACAUACGCAACCGGCACCAUUAGCGGGCACAAAGUUGUCCUGCAGUUGCUGGGAAACCCCGAAACCCCUGAUCAACCGUCAUUGCUUUUGAGAAGCUUUCCGGCCGUCGAAUUCGCGUUCCUUGUAGGAGUCUGCAGCGCGUUCCCUUCUACCGAAGGGCGCUUUCAUUCCCUCGGCGACGUUUUCAUCUGCAGCCAGAUGGUGGAAAUUGAUUUCAUCUGGAAUAGUCUUGAACGUAUCAUUGACCUGGGUGGUAGAAUCGACGAGAGGUACCAGCGGGCUAUGGAUAUUCGGGCGGCCAUUUCAAAUCUUGAUCGAACUUACAAUCGACAGCUUCUGGAGGCUGAAAUGGAUGGUCAUCUGCGAAAUUUACAAGCUGUGGACAUGGAAUACACAUACCCUGGCAGUCAGUUCGACAGGCUGUAUUCGCCUUUGUACCGGCACAAACAUCGUUCACCUCGCUUCUGCCUCAUCUGCGGCGCUGGCGAGAGCUUGAUAUGCGAUGAUGCGAGAAACGAGUCGUGUGAGGAUGUGGGCUGCGACACAGCGCUUCAGGAACUGACGAAGCUACCAGGGGAGAGUGGUGACGGCGAUGAGGGCGAUGGCGAGGGUGCCGACCACAUUCCGCGUGUUCAUCUGGGUGUAUUGGCAUUUGGGAAUCACGGGCUAUCAUCAGGGCGCCAUCGCGACGAGAUUGCCGACAAAUUCAAGGUCAGCGCCUUCAACACCCACGACAUCGGAUUCCGGCAACUCGUACCUAUGGUCGUGAUCAAAGGGGCCUGCGAUUAUGCCGAUGGCCACCGGAACGACAGGUUUGAGAAAUAUGCGGCCGCCUCGGCGGCAGCUUGCUUGAAAGCCUUCCUCGUUGAGGUGCCUCAGGUGGCAGAGUCGUACAGGCCCAAUUCGGAGGCAGGGCGGGACAUGUUGAGAGACAUGACGAAUUUGGAGAGAGGAAAGAGAAAUGAGCCCCUCGCUUAG